AUGGCUUCUGGCAAUCCAAAUAAGCCGUCCGCGCCCAUCAACAUCCAUAACCAACGGAUACCGUCCGCCCAGGCCACAGCGUCCGUGAGCCACCGCGCGUACCAGAACCGCUUCGAGGUCGGCCCGCCCAGCCUGCAGGACAGAUCAGGCUUUGAGGCCAUAGCGGAAGCUUCGUCGUCAUCGGCUGGCAUGAGCUGCCAGGCAUGUCAGCAGCUGGGCUUUCGCUGCGUCACCAGGGAAGAUAGCGACGGCUGCACGCCCUGCCUCGACGCCGGCGCCGAGUGCUCGCUGAUCGCGCUGAGCCCGCAGUCGCGCAAGAGAAAGCUGCACGCUGAGCCGUUUGGCGAAAGUACCGUCAAAAGAGGAUUUUCCACGUCGGAUCUGCACUCCAGACGGCAUCCCAACAACAGAUUUGUGAACAACGCCACCAGCGCCAGUCUUCUCGAAGACUUUGCCAACGUAGGCGGCCCGACAAGUCUCGGCCGCACACUAGGUCUGCAGCUCGACCGCCACAGCCAGUACAUUGGACACACGACCGACUUUGAGCCUUCGCUGCUCAACCUAUCCGAUCAUGACCCCGAGAACGAGAGCACGACGUCGCGCGGCGCGCUUCGCAAAGUCAGCCCGGGCCACAGCUUCCUCCUCGUCCCGGACAGCGCUACGCGCGGCUACGCGCAGCAGCAGUCGGACAUUCGGGCCGUUGAGGGGCUCGUCGCGCCGCAUGGGCGGACGCUGAUUGACCUCUUCUUCCAGCGGGUGCACCCGGCGUUUCCCAUCGUGCAGAAGCACGUAUUUCUCGAAAAGUACGAGCGCGACUACCAUGAGUUCACGCCGCCGCUACUAGCCACCGUGUAUCUGUUGGCCAUCAACUGGUGGGACCACAGCCCGUUGCUAGCCGACCAGUCGAAACCUGACACGGAUGCGCUGGAGCGGCUUGUCCGCAGCAGCCUCGCCGAUGCCAUGGGCCGCCCGAAGCUGUCGACAGUCGAGGCCGCGUUGCUGCUCGCGCAGAUGCCAGGCAGCUCGCAGUGGGCAUCGACGGCGCAGCUCGUCGCUGUCGCGCAGGAACUCGGCCUGCACCUCGACUGCUCGGGGUGGGAUAUUCCACCGUGGGAGAAGGGUAUGCGUAAGCGCCUCUCCUGGGGCGUCUACAUGCAGGACAAAUGGGGCGCCCUCGUCCACGGUCGUCCCUCGCACAUUACUCCCUCCAACUGGGCCGUCCGCCCGCUGACGGUGCACGACUUUCCGGACGUCGACUGGGACGAGGGCAACGCGGCGCAAAAGGAGGAUGCCGAGACGGGGCAGGUCAUCUUCAUGCGCUUUGUCCAGCUUACCGGCAUCCUGACCGAGAUCCUCGACACAUUUUACACGCUCGCCGCCAUGCACAAGGUGGAGAGCGCCGGCGCCCAGGGUGCCCAGAUGGUGCUCGCGCAGGCCAAGCCCAUCCAGCUCAAGCUCAAGGAGUGGUACGCCGACCUGCCGGCCUGCGUGCGCCUCGAGUCGCUGUCCUCGUCUGGCGGGGCUGGACGCGGCGCGCCGCCCCCCCCCUCGAGCGUCGGCUACCUGCACCUGGCGUACUUUGCCGCCGAGAUCUCGUUGCACCGACGCAUCAUCAGCGCGCUGAGCGCCUCGCCCACGACCGUCGACCCGUACCUGGAGCAUAUUUGUCGGAGCGCGGCCAAGGCGCGCCUGAUCUCGAGCAUGGACUUUGUCAACCGGCUGUCGCCCGGCCACCUGCACUCGUUUUGGUACUUUGCGUCCAAGACGAGCUUCGCGCUCAUCGGCACGUUUGGGUCGCUGCUGUGGGCGACGAGCCCCGGCCGCGAGGAGGCCGACUGGUACCGCCGGCGCCUCGCCGAGUACCGCUGGACGCUGUCAGUCAGCGCCAAGCCGGGGCAGCAGGGGCGGUACCUGACGGGCUUCGCGAUGGACAUGCUCGACUCGUCGACGGGCCUGCUGCUGCGGCAGCUGCCGGAGAAGCCGUCGAUGAGCCGGUGCGCGAGCGCCGCGCUGGACUUUGCGGGCCGCUCGCUGCCGAGCUCAUUUUCGGGCCUUGGGAGUGGGGGGUUUUCACUACAGGGCAGCUUCAGUAAUUUGGGGAGUACGUUGGAUAGGAGCAGCCCGCACAGCUUGGAGAGCGAGGACGACAGCGGCAGCGAUGGGGAAGAGGAUGAUGACUUGGAGGAGGACGACUUCAAUACGCCCAUGUGA